AAAAGAAGCGCGGGAAGGUUUCAGUGUAGAGACAAUUGAGAUGGUGGACAACCUAGAGAUGGAGAAAGCAAGGUUGAUAAGCUUGGCUCUCGAAUUCGGAUUUGACGAACAAUCUGCUCGCAUCUGCUUAGAUCGUCUUGUUGAUCUCUACGGCGAUGAUGGGUCGGACUUCAUCACCGUGGAGCAUUGUGGUGAUGAUUUUCUUGCAUCACUUGCUGAAACUAUGCAAGAUACCGAGGAUUGGGACGAUAUACAAACUUUGGAGACGGAAGCUUGUGGAACACUGGCCGACAUGUUUAAUAAGGACUCAAUGAAACAUAAUGCAGUCGAUGAUGAUGGUACCGAGGAACCUUUUGUCCAUGUAGUAAACGACUCACCUGAAGAAGUUCAAAAACAUCAAAACUUUAUGCAUUUGGAUUCUACAAGUGAAGAUGAAGACCCCGACUUCAUUAUCUCAAGCAAGAAGGAUAUAAAAACCACACACUCUUCAUCUCGUAGUAAUAGCAAUCAGACACGUCCGCAUUUAGAGGAAAGCACUGUGAAAAAUAAGGAUGGCAAGAUUCAAACAACACAAACUUCAGUUUUAUCAUUUUUUGGUAAGAAGACUAGCGAAACACCUUUAAAUGAUGGAACCGGAACUGGAACUCUUAGCUAUGAAGAGUUGAAGUCACUGGAUGAUCUUGAACUGGCAAACGUUGUGAUAUUCGGUAACAAGGCAUUUCGUCCCUUACAACAUCAGGCUUGUAAAGCCUUUGUGGAGCAACGUGAUUGCUUCGUUCUUAUGCCUACAGGUGGCGGUAAAAGUCUAUGUUACCAGCUACCGGCAACGAUGAAGCCAGGUGUUACCAUCGUUAUCUCCCCUUUACUGUCUCUCAUUCAGGACCAGAUAAUUACGUUGAACCUCAAGUUUGGAGUACCCUCAACUUUUUUGAACUCACAACAGACUACUUCUCAAGCGUCUGUCGUACUCCAAGAGUUAAGGAGAGAAAGACCAUCAUGCAAACUUUUGUAUGUUACUCCUGAAAGGAUUGCUGGGAACCUCUCAUUUCAAGACACCUUAAAAUCAUUGCACCGCAAGGGACAACUAGCUGGAUUUGUCGUUGAUGAGGCACAUUGUGUGAGCCAAUGGGGACAUGAUUUCCGUCCAGAUUAUAGAGUAUUGGGAUGUCUUAAGCAGAAUUUUCCAGAUGUUCCGGUAAUGGCGUUGACUGCUACUGCGACAGAGGCGGUUCGUAAGGACAUUCUAAAAGCGUUAAGAAUCCCACAUGCUCUUGUUCUAGAAACAAGCUUCGAUAGACCGAAUCUGAAGUAUGAAGUGAUUGAGAAAAGCAAAGAGCCAUUAAAACAGCUUGGAAAGCUACUGUCUGACAGUUUCAAAAACUCAUCUGGAAUCGUAUACUGCCUUUCAAAAAACGAGUGUGUGGAAGUUUCUAAGUUUCUAAACGAAAAAUGCAAGAUUAAAACGGUGUAUUACCAUGCUGGUUUGUCUGCUCGUCAGAGGAUGACGGUCCAGCAGAAAUGGCAUUCAGGGGAGGUGCAUGUCGUGUGCGCCACUAUUGCGUUUGGUAUGGGAAUCGACAAGCCCGAUGUCCGGUUUGUGAUUCACAACACACUGUCCAAGUCAAUCGAAAGCUAUUAUCAGGAAUCUGGAAGGGCGGGAAGAGACAAUCUUCCUUCACAAUGUGUUGCUUUAUAUCAGAAAAAAGAUUUUAGCAGGAUCGUCUGCAUGUUACGAAGCGGAGGUGCUAAAAAAGAAAGUUUUAAGACGGCAAUGGAACAAGCUCGUAAAAUGCAACAGUAUUGUGAAAACAAGGAAAAAUGUCGAAGACAGAUAUUACUUGAGCACUUCGGGGAAUCAUUUAACGCGAGAGUGUGCAAAAAUGGAUCCAAUCCGUGUGAUAACUGUCUCAAGUCGACUUUGUGAUCAGUUCAUGCACAGAUAACAGUACCAAUGGCGGUUAGGAUUCUUUUGUUGUGUGGUCAUCAUCAUCGUUAUCAUCUCACUUUUUAUGUAUUCUUUUUGAAUUAUCUUAAUUAAUUUAACAAGUUUGGUCAGAUACUUAUCUAUCAUAUGUUUAUAUCAUUUUGAAAAGCAAUCAGGGUAGUAGCAA